AUGACACUUCAAAUAUCAAUCCGUCCAUGGGAUCCUUGCCACCAGUCCGUUCUAUUUUAUGUUCCCGUUCAGCUAGCAAGAUUUAUGAAUCAGAGAAAGAAAACGGAGGCCGAAAUUAUAGGUGGGGCAAAUGACGACACACUGCUACUCAAGGCCACAAAACAGUUUCACAAAUAUCUUUUAGGAGACCCAAUUAAGGAAAUAAUACCUGAAGUUGUUGAUCGACUGCUUGAGUUUCUUAAUAGAGAUGAUUAUCCGGAGCUUCAGUUUGAGGCAGCAUUGGCUAUAGAAGGAAUUUCAAAAUGUUCGUCUGAUAACAUCAACAUGCUGAUUGAUCAUGGCGCAAUUCCCAUUUUGUUGAGCCUUCUUAGAUCUCCUGAGGAUGAUCUUCGCGAACAGGUGAAAACUGUCAUCCUUCCUCUUACUCGUCUGAUUUAUACAGACGAUGAAAUAGUUUGUCUCCAUGCAUGCAUGGCACUAUGCUAUCUAACCUGUGAGUCAAAGGAUAAAAUCCAAGCUGUGAUUGAUGCUGGUGUUUUCCCCCGUUUGGUUGAUCUUUUUCUAUCUCCUUCACAGUUUGUUUUGCAUCCUGCCUUGACUGCUGUUUAUUAUAUUAUUGCAUAUGUAGAUGUUAUCCAGAUUCAGUUGGGUUAUAUGGGUGAGCGUGACGGACGAAGGAUCAUAUUCAGAUUCUUGGUGCGCGAGGGUUGUAUAAAGUCAUUGUGCGAUCUUCUAGCUAGUCCCAACGAAGCGGGUAUCAUCAAAUUCUGCUUGGAAGGCCUUGAGAACAUUCUGAAGGGUGGAGAAGCUGAGAAGAACCAAUGUAACACCGAUGAUGUGAAUGUCUUUGCUCAGAUGAUUGAUGAUGCUGGAGGUAUACAGAAGAUUAAGGACCUCCAGACUGAUCACGAUGACAGACAAAUACGCGUAAUUGCCAUGAGGACAGUUAAAAAAUAUUGGCCGGAAGAGGCCACAAAAUCCAAAUUCUCUAUGAACUGUAAAAUACUUUAG